AUGAAAAUAUUGUCAUGUGUUAAUCUAUUUGAGUCACUACAUAAAUCCCGUGUACUGAGUCAAACAACUGCUAUUAUUUGAAUUAUAAAUGAAUUAGCUGGUUAGCCUCAUAAGAGUAGCUUGUGGUUGCUAAGCGACGUGUAGCGUUUGCAGCAGCUAGCUGGAAAACUUAGCCGCUUGACAGAAAGAUACACUGGAAAAACGACUCGGGGAGCUGCAAUAAGAACAACAUUGACUUAAAAAUACAUUACCCGCUUAAGAUAAAGCCGUAACAGCUCUAGCAUUAGCUGGCCGGCUGUAAAGUGAGAAUAAGUGUCGCUCCGAUCCUCAGCAAACUUGCAACCCGUGAAGAUGAGAAGUAUGUGCUAACUAAAGAAUACAAAGGAUAUAGCAAAGUCCCCCGCUGCAGACUCGGGUUACACUCCUCCUUCAGAUGGCGUUCUGCCUGGCUGAGCUGCACUUGUGGUCCAUGAAGAACUCGCUCCAAGUUAAAGAUACAGAUAUUGGCACCUAUCAGUACUACGAUAAAGGAGAGCCAGCCAAUCCCUUGGAGCAUCACUACUACAAUGAGAAACUCCACUUCUGUGAGGCUCGAGGCUAUCCGUGGACCCCCAGGAACCGCCGACCAGAAAAGCUGCGCGACUCGCUGAAGGAGUUGGAGGAGCUGUUGCAGAGCAACACCUGCGUUCACACCAGAUGGAGAAACAAGUACUGCUGCCAGAUGAUGCUGAGCAAUGCGGUGCUGGUGACGGUCACCCUAAAAGGACCUCAGCUCGAUCAGGUGUGCAUAGACCGAACCUUAGUGGGUCGACUUCCUGCCAACACUGUGACUGAUGCGGUGCUGAACGACGGGCUGAUUCUGCUGUCCUUCCUGGAGGAGAGCCAGGUCGCUGCAGUGUUCCUGAACAGGAAGAGCCAGGAUUCCCUGGAGACUGGCAGGCGAACAGACAAACUCUCACCUUCUGAGAUUAAGGUGAUGUGUGCAGAGGUGGGUGGGCCAAGUCGAAGGCUUCAAAGACACGUCGCUCUCAGCCGUCUGCAGGACAUGGCACUCUGCUGGUGGAAACUGGACGAACUUAGUGAGGGGCUGUGGCCCUGGAGCCCCACAGACACACACAGAAACAACCUCUUCUUGAUAAGCUGCUCGCCUACUGAAGGACUCAAGGUCCUUUGCUCUGUCCGGACCCCAGAAAACCCACUGGACAGCAGCUUCAGUCAGCUUCAACACUACCAGCUGCUGACAGUAGAGUUACCUGCAGGACCUCAGGGAUCCAGAGAGGGCUUCUCCGCUGAUAGCUGCGUGUAUGAAUGUGCACGAGGUCGCCUACAGCGCAUAUCCCUCACCACCAUCCCACUGCCAUCACCUCCUAUCUCCUGCUCUCGGCACCCAUCAGAGACCGCUCUCCUUCUAGGCUUGAGUGACUCCUCUUUAGUCCUCUACGACCAGAGACGGGCGGUCUCGGUCUUGGCCUCCUGCCCUGUACCGCCCUCCUACAUGGCCUGGCACCCUACGGGGGCUGUCGUCGUUAUGGUGGGGGGACAAGAGGAAGUGAUGUGCUUUGAUGUGGGCUUGGCACCUUUAAACAUGGCUCUCGUAGCAGAAGAAGCAUCUCCAGCCGCCACAUUGAGACUAACUCAGCACAUAAACUGCUCCGGAGGCCUGGUUGGGCUGCAGUGGGGGGCUGGUUUUGACGGUGGCCCGGAGGGGACAGAUACGCUAACAUUAGUCUUUAAUGGAGGACCACUAGUCACCUUAAAAUUCAGACUAGGAGCUCUAACUGGAGGCCAGCUGGGUCAUGUGGAGCUGCUCCAGCAGAGGCUUCGUUGCGGUCAGGUCAGAGAGGCGCUGGGCAUCUUGGAGGCCAUGGACUGGAGCACCAUGGGGGACGAGAGCUACCAAGGCCUGAGCUCUGUCACCAACCACCUGCUGAGGCUGCCGCUGAACGCAGACAGAGAGGCCCAGCUGGAAGCUGCUCUGCGGGUGUUUUACGCUCCGGCUGCCCCCCUUUCUGAUACAGUGAUACUGGAGUACAGGGAGCCAGUCAGCAAGUAUGCUCGCCGCCUUUUUCACCACCUCCUCAGGCAUCAGCGUUUUGAGAAAGCUUUCCUCCUCGCUGUAGACUUGGAGGACCGAGAUUUAUUCAUGGACCUCCAUUAUGUCGCCAGUGAUAAGGGCGAGGUGGUGCUCGCGGACGUGGCCAAGAGGAAGGCUAAUGAAAUCGAAGCCCGGGCCAUCGCAGGCAACGAUGAUCUUCAGAGAGACAGGAGCGGUCUAUGUGGAUCCAGCUUUAGUCGAGGAGGAGCAGAGGGUAGCGUCGCGGUUUCAGGCCCUUCUCCCUCAGAGACCCCCAAAACAGCUGAUGAGCGGCGCCCACAGAGGAGAGCACAGGCCGAGUCCAUCCAUGUGGUCGUCAGUCCAGAUCUGCUCCGGACGCUGAGUCACACAGGAAGCAGUGGAGGCGACGCAGAUGGAGGCGAUGUAAGUGGACCGACUGAUGGAGAAGCACGCCGCAUUUUGUCACAUUACUGCCCAUCACUUCAGUGGAUUCAUUGGAAAUCAGGGUUUUAAAACCAGCUCCCUCCUCCUAAACUCACUGCUCCCACAUGGAAAGCAUUGUCUCGAAAAGCAGCAUUUGGUAUAAAAAUGAGCUUUUAUGAGGUCUGUAGAAGUGGAAACAUUCUGAUGUGAGUGGGACUGACUGUGAGCGAGUCCCUGCGACCGUAUGUCAGGUGAAGGAUCAGAGGUCAGAGCUACGCUGCAUCGUGACCGGACAGGAAGUGAGGCGCUGUACAAAGUAAAGUGGUCAAAAUGGGGACAUAAAAAUGAAACUAUUUCAGUUCAUGGAGAUAACGCUAAAGUUCUGCAUUCACUUAGGUUUGUGUGGAUAAAUCGGCCUGUUAUUGCGUGAUCUCUGCUGCUGACAUAAACAGCUUGAGUUCAGUGGUAUGUUUCAAACGGGUCAGAUCGGAGCGUGUGGAGAUUUGUGUUUUGGUGGUUUACUCAAUCCGCCUCACAAAUCUGUCAUCUGUAGAACUAUAGAGGGAAGAAAGUCUCUGUUGUUUAAAGAAAACCAGAGGAAGCCAUGAUUAAAGCUGGGUACAAGACUUUUAGGGUAAAAAGGAGCUCAGGUUGGAUUAGAUCAAACCCUGUUCAUCACCAUCCCAACAGUAAGACAUGGUGGUGGCAGUGUCAUGCUGUGGGGAUGCUUAUGUAAGACAUGAACAUGUCCAGAUCAGGAGGCUUCAGAAGAGACUGGAGGUUCAGC